AUGUUAGCCCUCAAACGAAAAGGUUCUCAACCUCGAUGUUUCAACCAACCCUUGCCCCUACUGCUCUCCCUACAACGACACGACAGACUCAUUGAAUCGGUCUUCCAUGGUUUAUCGAAUAAGCGCGAAAAACGUUGUCAAUCCCGAACGAGCAUGAAUUCCAGAGCACCAGGAUUCCAGCCCAAAUCUAGUCCUCAGAAGAUUCCGUCCUGGCAAAAUGAAACUUCUCCUACAGCCGUCAAUGACCCUGCAGUGCGACUCAACGAGCUAAGGCUGCUUCUUGCAAAGAAAGACAGCGAACUCAAUGAACUGCGAACCAAGGCUAUAGAAUUUCAGACCAGACUGGACCGAGUGUCGAAGCUUCUCCCGCGAAAGGACAACAACUGAGACGCACUGAAGCCUCCUUGCAGCACAGAGGGGACUCAUUUGGAAUCUGCAUUUGGCACAACUCCUCCCGAGACGCAUUCAGUGAGUUGGCGUCAUUCCGU